CGCCUGCAGAGGUUGCAAACAGGCCUGCAUUUUACGUUUUCUCAUAGUGGAUUAGCCUUUUAAUUUUGUUGUUGUUGGACAGUGUGGAGGCCCGUCGAAAUGACUCUGAACCAGAACAGCUCGGAGUCCGGCGGAGUGAUCAUCAACAACAGUGAAAGUCUGUUGAUGAACUAUGAUAACGUAGAGCUGGUUUUCUGUGAUGCCGACCGUCUUCCCGAAGCCUUCAGAAAGAGCAAGAAGGGCAGCAUCUACCUAACUCCGUACAGGGUGAUCUUUGUGGCUAAAGGGCGAGACGCACUGCAGUCCUUCAUGAUGCCCUUCUACCUUAUGAAAGGCUGUGAGGUCAAGCAGCCUGUGUUAGGAGCCAAUUACAUCAAAGGCACUGUCGGCGCAGAACCUGGAGGUGGCUGGGAGGGCAGUGCUACAUUCAAGCUAGUCUUCGCUGCUGGAGGAGCUAUAGAGUUUGGCCAGUACAUGCUGCAGGUCGCAGCUCAGGCAUCAAGAGGUCAGCCAGUGACCUCAGGGUUUGAUGGAUGCCCCUACAUGGCCAAUGGGGCUUAUGCUUACCCUCCUCCCCCUCCCGCUAACGGGAUGUACCCUGCGGGACCUCCACCUGGUUACUCCUACCCCAACCCUCCUCCCCCAGGUGGAUUCUACCCUCACCCUCCAGCGUUUGAUGCCUCUGCUGGCUACAUACCUCCACCUCCUUACUCUGCUCCUCUGGGCCAGCAGCCCCCACGUGAUCCAGACCUCCCCUCAUCAGUCGCAGCGGAGGCCAAAGCAGCCGAGGCAGCAGCGAGUGCGAGCUGUGCCACACUGCCGCCUACACAUGUGUACCUGCCACAGGACAAGCCCCCUCCUUACUCUCCUCCAGAAGACAAGAAGAACCAGUAGACCCGCUCCAGCUCCUCAUACUCCUCUCUCGGUCUCCUGUGAUCUCUAUCCUCCUGGAUCCCCUCAUUUCUUAUUCCUCUAACAGAUUCCCUCUCUCUUUUUUUCUCCCCAUCCUCCUGACAACUCAUUCCUUUUGGUUCCAGUUUUCUCCUCAUUCCAAUGCUUUACAACAUUUCCCAUUCCUUCUAAUGAUUCCUGUAAUGUAACCAGCUUUGUUCUCUAUAGAAGCACCUUUACUCGAGGCAGUUUAGAAGUAUUGGUAGCAAUCUUUGAGAGAAAAAAAAAGAAAUGAAAGUGGGUCAGACCGACGUUGUUAGGUUUCGGGGGCUUUUUCAAUGUUGAUGACAAAAACUUUGUAACCUGAGCAGCUGUAAUACAAUGAAUGGAUGUGAGAGAGUCCACCUAUACCCCCACAUAAAACCAUAGAUUCAGCUAUAUUGUGAAGCUCACUCUAACUUUCUAUGGCUGUCUAUGAAGCUACAUACAACCAGAUGAUGUGAAUUAAUUUGCUAAUCUAUUCCGAGGUGAUCUGAAUGCAGUAUUUUAUUUUUCUAUAAUUUGUGUACAGGCUUUUAAUAUGUAGACUUUUAAAAAAAAUGCGAUAUUUUCUCAAGAACACAAAGCUAGAGGAAGAAAAAAAAAAAGCUUUUGUAAACAAUGCUGACUGCAGGGAGGCCGUGUCUGCCUCGACACGAUGAGGACCACAAAGAUUAGAGCAGUGAAGCCCUGAUCCAGGAUUAGGGCAAAGUGAAGGCGACCAGGGCAGUAUAGGAGGGACGGACUGCCAGUAAAGGAUUAAGAGCAGUCACCCAAUGAUGUCACUUCCGGUUGUGUCAUGCCUCUGAACAUUCAAGAAAACACACGGUCAGACUCGCAGCAAGCCUGCUUCACCUUUUGAUUUGAAUCAGAACUCUCCAUCUGAGGUCAGUCCUUCAAGCUGAUCUAAUCACCUCAGUAUGUGAACAUUGUGUCCUCCCUCUGUGACUCUUCUAUAUACUGUAUCUGUGGCACAUAUGUGGCUGAUUCUUUGCACUUUCAGAAUGCUAUGCAUCAGGCUCCUCUUUGCUCUGUCAUGGCUGUGUGUAAAAUAACAACAAUAAUAAUAAUAAUAAUAAGGCUCUCUAUUUAUUUCAAACUAAUUUAUUGAACAAUUCAUGUAAAAUGGCUCAAUUAUGUAAACCAAAGCAUGAUCUCUACUAAUGCUUGUACGCAUUGGAUUGGAUUUUAUUAAAUUGAUCUUGAUUCAUGUGAACAAGAA